AUGGGCUUCGAUUUCGUGGCAAUGUCGGCGGAGAAAGCGCCCUGCCGCGCUGGCCGGAUCUCGCGCUAUGUGGCCGUUUGCCUCCCUCUCCUCAGUGAGCAGUUUGUCUUGGCCAUGCCUUCAUCAAUGCUGACGGCUAUACGCCUCGAGUCGGCGCUCGACGAAUCCACGAUCACCUACGUACUGGCAGCGGGCACCGCGCUAAACGGCGUGGGGAAGUUUGCCGGCGGGGUCCUAAUCGACCGAUAUGGCGCACGGCGCUUCCUCUCCGUCUCGAUGUUCCUGAUGGUCAUCGGGGCCGUUAUCUUCGGAGCUGGGCGCCAUCUGACGAUGCCGCUGGUCGGCUACGUCAUCCUGCAGCUCUGUGCGGCUGGUGGCUGGCUCUCGGCCUGCAAGCUGAUGGAGCAGCACAUUGAGCCGGAAUUGUGGAGUUGGUGCUUUGCGGUGGUGGGGGUCGGAUCAAGGGCCGGCUCCGUGGGUUCGAAGGUGGCUUUGGGGAGCCUUCUGAAGGUCAUGCACUGGCAGUCCAUCGCGUGGAGCACAGGUGUGGCCAUGGUCUUGCUGCGGUCCAUCUCCCUAUGGUUCAUACCUCUCGAGCGGAUGACUCAGCCGAGGCACUCUGAAGGCGACAAGAGACCCUGGGGCGAGCGCGUGCUGCACAUCACCUGCAACCCGAGCAUGCUCCUGUACUUCUGCAUCUUCAGUGGCUGCUACUGCAUCGCCCAGGCCACGGAAAACGACGCCCCGCUCAUCUUGCAAGACGCCUUGCGCCUGAGUCCCGCGGAUGCCAGCAUAUCGGCAUCCGUCUUUCCUGCUGGGCUCUUCAUGUCGCUGCUUUUCACAGCACCCUUGUACUCCCUCCUUCAGCGGCGGCGUGCGAAGUUCGUCUUGGAGCUAACUCUGCAGAUGCUGGCCGUGGUGUCGGCCUUCACGCUGAUGAAGGCCGUUUCUGCCGGCUGGUCGGAGCUCUUUGCCUUUGAGGUGCUCUUCUUCCUCCUCGCCUUCUCAGUUGGAUUGACGUACUAUGUCACCCCGAAUAUGUUUCCACUCUACUAUGGCGACGACUGCGCCUUCGCGAGUGCCGUGCUGGACGUGGCGGGCCUGGGGUCGUCGUUUCUGUUCCAGAUGGCCUCCGGUGUCAUCUUCAGAUCCGGUGGUUCCUGGGAGCACGUGCUGAUGCUGCUGACGUGCCUUGCGGCUGUUCAACUCCUGGCUACUACCGUUCUCAGCCUCUUUCCACGCCUGACACCUCAUCUGGCCUUCUGCGAGGAAGUGCCCGGCGAGGUGACAAACGCUUCCAGCGAUCCCGACCUACACAACAUCGUCGAAACUGCACAGAUGAUUGGGCACAAUCGCGACGAGGGCACAGGCCGCUUGAGCCAGUAA